UGGAUUCAUAGCAUUCCCACUGGUUUACCCAGCUUACAACGAAAAGGGUAGCUUCCACGAAGUGAUCCUCUCAACCCCACCGUGAUUUCAAGCACAUCCUUUCAAUCUGGUGUGGAACGCUUCCAAAUUACAAUGCAUUGGCUUUUGAAGGUACCACACUUGUUUCAUUCAACCCACCAACUAGCAUUUACUUGUUGAACAUCUUUCAGCUCUCAAAACAACGUCCCAGAUCAAAGACAGCUCAGACCUUUGAGAUGAAGAACUGCCCCUAGAGAAAGAUUUCACAGAAGGAAAUGCGAUCAUAUAAGGAAGGUUGCUGUCUUCGUCAUGGCAAUCAAUAGCGAAUAUCUUCUGUUCCUUCUCUGGCUACAAGUCAGCGGUGCUAAGUACCUCAUCUUGAUCCGCAACUCCGCCUUCCUAAUCCCAAUCAGGAUGUCUACCCCCUCAGACGAACAUUGGCUGAAUCGUGGCUACAAUCCCUUCUGCUGCAAUACAUGGAAGCCCACAGUCUUCCCAUCACCGACAAAGAUGCCAACAUCCUUUCCACCAGAGACCGUACUUCCAACCACAAGGCCAUCUUGGACGGAUCCGUCCCUUACCCGAGUGGGCGCGGAGUACUUGAGAUACGCUGAAGCAAAUGAUCAUCCUAGACUCGAUCAUCUGCUCGCAUGCAUCAAUGAGAAGAAAGUCGUUGGUCCACCGGCCGCGCCAAAAGAUCGGGACCUCGUGGUAGUGGCACUGGACUCGGCUCCAUGGAUGGUAUACCUUGGUUAUCGUGAUGGCCACACACUGCAUACAUACCUGGUGCCUUCCAACACAAGAGAUGGUUACCUGAUGGAGAUCUGCCGUGGAAAUCAGCUUGAUGGGUUUAAACGUGCGUUCCCUUCGUAUGUGGAUCGCUUUUCAGAGCGGAGUAAAGGCACAAUUAGGUUGAAAUGUGAGGAGCAUGGCAACAAAUCUCAGUGCUGGUUCUUCGAGCGCAAAGAACUAAAUAGCUCUGCUUGAAGGGGACUGGUGGAUGAGGGGGCCAAAUGAAAGGCCACAACUGAAUGAUUGGUGUUGGCAAGGCGAAUGUAUCGCGGGGCUUGUCAUGGUAGCUGUGGAUAGA